CAGUUUCUACCGUUAUGCGGCAGCUAAAAAAAAUGCACCUGUAGUAAACGUGGAGUGCUCCGUAGCCGGAAAUAUACACAGCGAUGGAGAACUACAGUAAAGCUCGGACCGUGGAGCGGCCGUCCGUCUGUCCGUUCUCCGGCCUCCCCGCCGACACGCCGGAGAUCCGCGUCAAAGACGGCAGCAAGAUCCGCAACCUGCUGCGCUUUGCUCUGAGCCGCAUGGAGGCCAAACCGAGAGCAGCCGAGGAGGAGGAGGGAGGUGGUGAGGAGGAGCGGCAGGAGGCGGCAGGUCGUCCGCUCUGCAAACACCUCGUCUUCACCGCUUAUGGGAAGAGCGUCUCCAAGGCCAUCACCUGCGCAGAGAUCGUGAAGCGGCGGCUGAAGGGGCUCCACCAGCUCACCAAGCUGCUGUACGGCACCGUGGACGAGACGUGGGAGCCGCUGGAGCCCGACGCCGGCCUCGACAGCCUCACUGUCAGCAGGAACCUACCCAGCAUCUGGAUCCUGCUCUCCAGAGAGCCGCUGGACGGCAGCCAGCCGGGAUACCAGGCGCCGGGCCGCUACGACGCCCUGUGGGCUCAGAGCUCCAGCAGGGAGGAGGGCGGAGGGUUCAGCGGACAGAGACCGGGGCACCGGAGGAAGAGAGGCGGCAGCAGAGGGAAGGGACCCGGACGUCAGAGUGGACACUCCAGAGAGCCGGUCAAAGGACACAACUGAUUUAUUUUAUAGUGCUUCAACAUACAGAGACUCAGCCACACUGAGAGGAUUUAUAAAGGACUUCUACAUUUAAAACAGAUUAGAAAUCCAUCAUGAGCAGAACUGUUCUCAUCUUACUGUUCAGGUUUUCAGGAGCUGCUUUGAUUUAUUUCAGUCUGACAGGUUCUUCAUGAUUUUUAACUCAAUGUCCAACUUCCUAAAAUGUUCCUGCAGCUCUUUUGUAUCUGUCUCUGCUGCCUUCUGCAGAAAAGAUCAGGAAAUUGUUUUUGCAGAGACAAUUAGAAGAGUCAGCUCAGACAGCAGUGUUCUUCUGCCAUCGUAGAUUCUACUUGGAGUUUAGCUAUUUGGUUUUUGGGACCCAAAAAUAAGUUAUGUAAAAUAUUUCACAUAGAUUCUGAGAAAUUUAGCAUUUUCAUUUUCAAAAACACCUGUGAAGCAAUUUUAAGGGCUCAGUAUCUCCAGAAAUAUAACUCCCACAGACAUUCAGAGUUUGUCAUAUUUCCUAAAGACCUAUAAUAAAUCAACGUAAAAAACCCAAAAUUUAUGGUUUUUUUGCAUGUUAAUAAUUCCAUCAUAGAAACAAGGCAUUUGUCAUCUUGGAUUUCUUCUUGGAAGCACUGAGCCAUAUUUUUCACUGUUUUGUGACAUUUUAGAGACCAGAAAACUAAUUGACUUAAGAAAAUAAGUUACAACUGUUAGUUGCAGUCCUAAUUAUUACUCUAAAGCCUCUUUUCUGGUCACUGUCUGAUACUACUAAAUUAAGCUGCAAAUGUGUUGAACUGAACAUGGUUUUGUCUGGAUUACAUCCAUCCAUCCAUCCUCUAUACACCGCGUUAUCCUCACUAGGGUCGCGGGGGGUGCUGGAGUCUAUCCCAGCUGACUCGGGUGAAGGCAGGGGACACCAUGGACAGGUCACCAGUCUGUCACAGGGCUAUAUAUAUGGACAAACAAUCACACUCACAUUCACACCUACGGGAUAUUUAGAGUUAUCAAUUAACCUCAGCAUAUUUUUGGACUGUGGGAGGAAGCCGGAGUGCCUGGAGAAAACCCACGCAUGCACAGGGAGAACAUGCAAACUCCAUGCAGAAAGAUCCCAGGCCCACCCUGGGAUUUGAACCGGGGAUCUUCUUGCUGCAAGGUGACAGUGCUACCCACUAGGCCACUGUGCAGCCCUGGAUUACAACAUGUUAAGUUCAUUUUAUAAACUUUCAGCAUCAUCAGAAGAAAAACAUUGAAUUUUACUAAUAAAACAUCAGCAUCUUA